AUGUCGGAUCUGUCUUCAGCGGCAAGAAAGCGUGCCCGGGAUCGCCGGGCACAACAAACUCUCCGCGACAAGAAGUUGCGCUAUAAAGCCAAACUCGAGAUGCAGGUGGCCCACUGCGAGCAAUAUCAUGACGAAAAGGGGGUACAGAAUCUCCUAGAACUUGUUGAGGAUCUUCGCAAACAGAAUGAAGCCCUUGUCGCGCGCCAAAAAGCCUUGAGGGCUUUAGUGGGUUCGUGGGAUGAGGAGUUGGAAUUGACAGAAUCUUCGAACCCUUCGAUGAUUCAAAACACGAGUAAUGGAGCACUCGAUCUCUCCUUUCCUAUGACACAUUCGAUCUUAAGGGAUUCUCAAUUCCUCGGCAUGGUUGAUCAUCCCCAUCCCACGACCCCGAACAUGCCGUUAACCUCAACAUCACCACUGCAACAAGCUCACAAGGACGGACUGACAGAGUUCGAUUCGCCGUGGAAUGAACUCCCUCUUUACUCCGAUGAUUUUUCCAGUCUCCAAACUGUGUCAUGUCCAUGGUUUGCCUAUUCAGAACAAAUACCCCAGUGCCCUGAUACUCCUGAAUCGCCCCUCGACAUUCUGUAUGGCAGCAAGACCAAUCCACUGGCAAACAUGAUCCAUAUGGCAAUCGAAAGACGGCCAGUUCGCGAUCCCGAGAGGUUGGCUAUGGGAUGGAUAGCGUACCAUUUUUCAAAAUGGAUCAUCACACCGAGUCCGAGGACUUACGAAAACCUGCCUCUGUUCUUGCGGCCUGUCAAAGAACAGUACCAGAUGAAGCAUCCCAUCGCGGUGAGCUGUGUCCCCUGGCCGAAACUUAGGUCGAACUUGAUCCGUCAAUGGUCGAUGUAUAACAAUAUUCGCGAUGACUUUUUCGGACUGUUUUCGUGCUGUGUGAAGAUCCGGUGGCCGUGGGGCGUGAAGGUCCUUGAGCGCAACGAAGAGAAUGUCCUCUGUUUUAAGCCAUCAUUUUAUGAGACAUUCAUGAAAGAGGAGGGAUGGGGUAUCACGCAGGAAUUCAUAAAUAAGUAUCCAAAUCUCAUGGUUGGCAUCGAUGUUGGCUCACUUGUUUUCAAAAUAACGUGA